GACGGCGAAUACGUUGUAACAACUAUGACAAAAGCGGUACUCCAUCAUACCGGCAAAGUGCUAUGGACUCCACCAGCCAUUUUCAAGUCCUCCUGCGAAAUCGACGUCCGAUAUUUCCCGUUUGACCAGCAAACUUGUUUUUUGAAGUUUGGGUCCUGGAGUUAUGACGGUGAUCAGAUUGACCUCAAACACAUAAAUCAAAAGAAAGGUGAUAUGGUGGAUGUCGGCAUUGACCUUCGGGAGUACUAUCCUUCUGUUGAAUGGGACAUCCUUGGAGUUCCAGCCGAAAGACACGAAAGAUACUACCCUUGCUGUCAGGAGCCUUAUCCAGAUAUCUUCUUCAAUAUCACAUUACGAAGAAAGACGCUAUUCUACACUGUCAACCUAAUAGUCCCAUGUGUUGGCAUAUCAUAUCUAUCAGUAUUGGUUUUUUAUCUACCAGCAGACUCUGGCGAAAAAAUUGCUUUGAGUAUUUCAAUCCUCCUAUCUCAGACUAUGUUCUUCUUGCUUAUUUCUGAAAUUAUUCCUUCAACGUCCCUAGCAUUGCCUUUACUUGGAAAAUAUCUAUUAUUUACGAUGUUAUUGGUCGGCCUGUCAGUAGUAAUAACAAUUAUAAUUCUAAACGUUCAUUACCGAAAACCAAGUACUCAUAAAAUGGCACCGUGGGUGCGAAAGUUCUUUAUCACGAAACUACCAAAAUUGCUUCUAAUGAGAGUGCCAAAAGACUUGCUUAGAGACCUAGCAGCACAGAAGAUAUCAGGAAGAAGUAUGAAGAAGAAUAAAUUUAAAGACGCUUUAGCAGCUGCUGAUCAACCUAAUUCGAAUGCGUCGAGUCCGGAUUCUUUGCGUCAUCAUUUGCCUGGUGGAUGUAAUGGCCUUCACUCUACUACGGCUACUAACAGAUUUAGCGGCAUAGUUGGAGCGCUUGGUAGUCUUGGUGCAGGUUACAAUGGUUUACCUUCAGUAAUGUCAGGAUUGGACGACUCUCUCAGCGAUGUUGCUCCUCGGAAGAAAUAUCCUUUCGAACUGGAAAAGGCUAUCCACAAUGUCAUGUUCAUUCAACAUCAUAUGCAACGACAGGAUGAAUUUAAUGCAGAAGAUCAAGACUGGGGCUUCGUAGCGAUGGUCUUGGAUCGACUUUUCCUCUGGAUCUUCACGAUUGCUUCUAUAGUUGGUACAUUUGCCAUCCUUUGCGAAGCGCCUUCCCUCUACGACGAUACUAAGCCUAUAGAUAUGAUUUUGUCUUCAGUAGCCCAGCAACAGUUCCUACCAGUGGAUAGCGGUGAUUCUUAGAAAAUUAUUUAAUUUUGUCACCGUUAUGAGGGUUACCAAUUUUAACAUCAUAGCUGGAUGAUAUUUAAUGACUGAUUUGAAUUUUCGCCAUUGUUUGGAAGACAUGAUGAGAGAA